AUGUUCGCACUCAAACCUAUCUACCUCUGUGCAGCGCUCCUCUUCUUCACCAUCGCCUCCGCAUCGUCCCAUACUGAGCUCGACAGCAGGUCAGGCUGCACGGACUCUGACAAACUCGCCAAGGGACAGCUCUUGACACAAGAGAAGGCAUUGGAGGACGACGUCUUCGUUCAGGCGAUCAACUGCAAGGUAGACGGGCUCAAUAAUGAUUUCGUGAAGAAAGGGUGUGACCCCACGCGCUCAAAGUUUCGCACGUCGUCGCAUAAUUGCAAGAUUAAUUUCUCCGGUGACGCCUACUACUGCGAGAGCGGUGGGACUCGGGUCUGCCUCAGCAAAGCCCAGAUGGCGAGUGCUGGCAUGGAGAACGGAUGGUGCUUCCGCUGA